AUGCUCUUCCUGGUUGUGCCCUACCUCCUUGCUACACCAUUUUUCUGUUCAUCAGUCCGCGCCGAUGGGCCAGUGUCUCUCGAUCAGAUGGAAGAUAUAGCAGCCAGCGUGAUUGCGCCCCGGCAUUCCUGUUUCGGUUACUGGGAUGCUGCUACUCGGAUUGCAGAUGAGCUGAGCUGUCCUUCUGCUGUGAUGAAUGACUUCUUCUGCCGAGUGGACUUACAGGUUACGGCCACUUCCUACCUUCCGUCUUGCGUGAAUAAGUUUUGUUCGAGUAAUAGCAUCGAUGUCACUUGGGCUGUCGGUAUCUAUACGGACUAUUGCACUAGUGCAGGAUAUAUAAGCACCCUUCUCCACAGGAAACACCAGAAGCUACCGGUGAACAGGACUCCUACUCUAGCUCCUCAGACAACAUGA